GCCGCACCUCGUACUUUAGGCGGCCGGGUUGUGCCGCGUCGCCGGCACUCACCGCAGGCAGAGUGCGGCAACAGCGACGUUUUGCUCGCAGACGUCAGCACUUAACGGAAUCGAUACAGGACAUUAUCUUAUGCAAGAUGGACGACUGUACCGGCCCUCUGGCGUCACUUCUCAGGCAAAUGAUUCUCGCUCUGGGUGACCCGCUAGAUCCCAAGGAUGGUCGGCCUCGCAUCAGUAUUCUCUUAAGAGUUUUGGGGUUCUGUCGAGAGUCCAAGGUAGCGAGGGCGAGCAUGAUUCUGUUCUUCGCUGGAAGCGUGGUGGACGUAUUGGUAUCGGUGGGGGACACGCGCCGCAUGCCCUUGAGCAUGGUGCUCGGGAUAUACUCCGCCCUGGCCUGCUACACAGUGCUGGUACGUCACAAGGAGGACAUAACCACCGCCCUGCGCCAGGCGUACCGGGUCGCCGAAAAGCUACACAGGGACGGCUCGCCGAGGUCGCGGGAAGUUCUGCAAGUUAUGGCCAGCCGAUGUCGCUUCGUGGCCAAGAGGUUCUACCCUACCUACGCCGCAUUACUAGCCUUGGGCGCGGUGUCGUCCUUUGAUCAUCAAACGGGUGUGAAUCAAUCACUAAAGGGACAGAAGGUGCAGGUUACAAAGAAACAUACAAGCCUAAAGUGAAUGGACAAUUUUGUUCCUUAGAGGGGCACGUUUUCGUGUUCACAUGUAUAGGAUGUGCACGAAAACGUUCCCUCAUUAAGAACAACAAACAGGACCGCCCUUCCGCCAAACGCAGUUGCCAGCUCCACUACGAUGCGCCGGCAACUCCGUUCGGCAGGGGCCUGGGCCUGCCUGGCCUGACGGUGGCGACUGUCGGGGCCGCCACCCGACCAUUUCAGUCUCCCGAUUUACUGGAGAACCUAACCAAAAAAAUAAUGUGAACGGUA